AUACCUCAUUGCUAUUUAAAAUCUCAAAACCACAUGUUAUAGAGCAUACCUACUAAUUUUUGCAAUAAUGGAGAAAGCCUUCAAAUUUUUUUUCUUAACACUCUUGUUCCUUAUGGCUAGUUCAGCCAUGACCCAAACAAACAUUACCACGGAUCAAUUAGCUCUUUUGUCCUUAAAAUCUCAAAUCAUUUCUGACCCCUCUCAUUUCUUGGAUGAAAAUUGGUCUCCCGCUAUUUCUGUUUGUCAUUGGGUUGGAGUCACUUGUGGUUCUCGUCACCAACGAGUGAAGACCUUGAAUCUUUCUAGCAUGGCUCUUACAGGCAGGAUUCCUCGUGAAUUUGGAAACCUCUCAUUUCUUGUUUCUCUCAACUUGGGAAGCAAUAAUUUCAAUGGAAAUUUUCCUCAAGAAAUGACACGCUUGCGUCGACUUAAGUUUCUCGAUUUAAGUUUCAACAGUUUCAGCGGGGAGGUUCCUUCUUGGUUAGGAUUUUUACACCAACUUCAAUUUCUAAAUCUUGGGGAUAAUAGUUUCACUGGUUCCAUCCCUUCUUCAUUUUCUAAUAUUUCAAAACUUGAGACUUUGAAUAUGGAAUACAAUUCAAUAGAGGGCCAAAUACCAAAAGUGAUUGGAAGUCUUAUAAACCUUAGAGAAUUAAACAUGAGGGGUAACAAGCUCAUAGGUUCUGUUCCUCAAUCACUCUCGAAUGCCUCGAGGUUGGAGACUUUGGAGAUAUCUCAUAAUUCUCUUCAAGGAAACAUUCCAGAAGGGAUUGGAAAUCUUCAUAACAUGAAGUCGUUGGGCGUAGAAUUUAAUCAACUUACGGGUUCUAUACCAUUCCAAAUUUUCAAUAAUUCUAGAAUUGAACUCAUUGCAUUUACAAUGAAUAGCUUAACAGGAAAUCUUCCCAAUAGUUUAUGUAAUGAUCUCUCAAUACUCAAAGAGAUUUAUCUAUCCAAAAACAAUCUACAGGGUCAUAUGCCUACAAGCUUAUCAAAUUGUUCACAACUUCAUCUAUUGGGUUUAUCAUAUAAUGAGUUUGAUGGACCAAUACAUAGUGAAAUUGGAAGAUUGAGUAACUUGCAGUAUUUGUAUCUCGGAUUUAACCAUUUCAAAGGUGAAAUACCCAAAGAGAUAAGCAAUCUCAUUGAGCUGAAGGUACUUGAUCUUGGGCUUAAUAGUUUUAGUGGUUCACUUCCAAUGGAGAUCUUCAAUAUAUCCGGGCUGAGAGUGAUUUCUCUUUCAUUCAACAAUUUAUCUGGAAGCCUUCCACCAAACAUGUGUUCUGUCAUACCCAACAUCGAAGAGCUUUAUCUGGACAUCUUAACCGAUCUUGUUGGGACUAUUCCUCAUUCGAUCUCCAAUUGUCCAAAACUUACUAAUCUAGAUCUUUCAGGCAACAAACUCACUGGCUUGAUUCCCAUCUCACUUGGAUAUUUGACUCAUCUAGAGUAUCUAAAUUUAGGGGGAAACAAUUUAAGCAGCGACUCAUCAUUAAGCUUCCUGACUUCCUUAACCAAUAGCAGAAAUUUAACAUUUCUUGAUAUAUCUUUCAACCCGCUAAAUGGCAUGCUUCCAGCCUCCAUGGACAACUUUUCCACAUCUCUUAGAAAAUUUUACGCCAAUGGUUGCAAGAUCAAAGGGCGAAUUCCAAAUGAUUUUGGGAACUUAAGCAGCUUAUUAGACAUUGAUCUUUCUGGAAAUAACUUGGUCGGAUCGAUUCCAACAUCAAUUGGCAACUUGAGAGACCUUCAACGGUUCAACUUGAGUAGCAACAAAUUUACAGGAUCUAUUGGAGAUCAUAUAUGUAAAAUGAAGCAUUUGGGUGAUAUUUACCUGGGUCAAAAUCAAUUUUCAGGAUCUCUUCCUUAUUGUUUAGGGAAUAUUACUUCCCUUAGGGAGAUACAUCUCAGUUCCAACAAAUUGAGUUCUAAUAUACCACAAAGCUUAGGGAACCUUCACGAUCUAGUGGUUCUUGACUUAUCGUCAAACAACAUGGUAGGUUCUUUACCUCCAGAAGUUGGAAAUCUAAAGGUGGUAACAAUGAUCGAUCUAUCGAUGAAUCAAUUUUCAAAUAGAAUUCCAAGAGAAAUUGGAGGAUUGCAAAAUCUGGCACACCUUUCUUUGAGACACAAUAAGUUGAAAGGAUCUAUACCUGACUCAAUGAGCAACAUGGUAGGUUUGGAAUUCCUUGACCUUUCUCACAAUAAUAUAUCUGGAAGCAUUCCUAAGUCUUUGGAGAAGCUUCAAAACUUGAAGUAUUUCAAUAUUUCUGCCAACAAAUUGUAUGGUGAAAUACCCUCGGGAGGUCCUUUCAAGAAUCUCUCGAGUCAAUUUUUCAUCUACAAUGGAGCGUUGUGUGGUUCUUCAAGAUUUAGUGUCCCACCAUGCUCUACUUCAUCAAAGCACAGAUCGAAUAGGAAAAAAAUUCUAGUUCUUUUUCUUUUGCUCGCAAUUGCAGUUGUAUUUGUUCCAAUGGCCUUUGUGCUGCUAUGGAUAAGGUAUAGAAGAGGUAAAAGUGUUCCUCAGCAAGCUGACUUAUUGUCUACCGUAGCAAGAGAAAGGAUUUCAUACUAUGAACUUCUCCGAGCAACUAAUGCGCUUAGCGAGAGUAAUCUGAUUGGUUCUGGAAGUUUUGGCUCUGUUUACAAAGGCAUUCUCAGAAGUGGAACUGCCAUUGCAGUUAAAGUGUUCAACCUGCAACUAGAUGCGGAAUUCAAGAGUUUUGAUACGGAAUGUGAAGUUUUGUGUAUACUUCGCCAUAGGAAUCUCGUAAAAGUCAUUACUAGUUGUUCCAAUCUUGAUUUCAAGGCUUUAGUUCUCGAGUAUAUGCCUAACGGGAGUCUGGAGAAGUAUUUGUAUUCAUACAACUACUUCCUUGACAUCCAGCAGAGACUAAGCAUAAUGAUAGAUGUGGCAUGUGCAUUGGAAUAUCUCCAUCACGGGUGUUCGUCGGUUGUGAUUCACUGUGAUCUAAAGCCUAGUAAUGUCUUGCUGGAUGAGGAUAUGGUUGCCCACCUAAGCGACUUUGGCAUUUCAAAACUACUUGGUGAUGAUGAGAUUGAUUUAUACACUGAAACCUUAGCAACACUGGGUUAUAUUGCUCCGGAGUAUGGACUGGAUGGACUAGUGUCAACAAAAUGCGAUAUCUAUAGCUACGGGAUCAUGUUGCUUGAAACCUUUACUAGGAGAAAGCCUAAUGAGUUUGAGGGAGAUCUUAGCUUGAAGCAAUGGGUGAGUUAUUCACUUCCAGAGGCAGUAAUGGACGUCGUAGAUGCCAACUUGCUAACAUCAACUGGCAAUCUGUUACAGAUGGAGCUAGACGUUGUGGCAUCAAUCAUGAAAGUGGCAUUAGAUUGUUGUGCUGAAUCUCCGGCGAGAAGGACUAACAUGAAAGAUGUUGUAGCGAUGCUGCAGAAGAUCAAGAUUAAACUUCUUGCAAGCUAAGCAUGUUCUUGGAAUCUCUCUUCGCUUCAAGUCACUUGUUAGUUGAAACUGUUUGCUAAAUUAGUGGAAUAAUGUAAACAUUUCUUUCUUUGCUUUGUUUUAGCACUUGAUUUCCUCUUAAUAUUAAUGUUGCAAAAUGGUGGAACUUG